GGAAGGGGGGGGGGGGGCCGCAAAAGGUUGAUUUGCUCACCGUAAAAACAUUAAAAAAUUUCUCGCGUGUGACGAAACCUCGAGACGCCGAGGCGAAGGAGGGGAAGAGAGAGAAGGGAAGGGAGCCCUGCCCGAAUCUCGCGAUCCCCAAUCCGGAGCGCUCGAUUCGCCGAUCCGGGCGCGGCCGGGGGAGAGAUCCCACCGAUCGGGGAGCUCUGGGGCUCGGAUUCGAGCUGCGAUUCGGGGCCUUCCUGAGUUCGGCGGCGCGGGCCGGGGGGGUGCUGGUGGGUGAGGUGGGCCCGCCGGGCCGGGUGGAUGCUUUCAGUGAGGAGGCGGCAGGAGGAUGCGGGCGGCGGCGGCGGCGUAGCGCAGCUCCGGAGGGGCGCCACAGCCAUGGACGACGACGCCGAGCUCGAGGAGGGGGAGGCCUGCGGCGACGACACUGCUUUCGUGGACCCCGACGUCGCGCUCUCUUACAUUGACAAAAAACUUCAAGAUGUACUUGGGCAUUUUCAGAAGGACUUUGAAGGAGGUGUGUCUGCAGAAAAUCUAGGGUCAAAGUUUGGUGGCUAUGGUUCAUUUUUGCCUACGUACCAGCGUUCUCCUCUUCCUCAGACUAGAAGUCCACCUAAGGCAGCAAGCCUUACCUCAAGAUCUCCUUGUCAAAAGGCAACUGAGGGCCUGUGUCAAAACCCUUCGGAUGUGGCAGUUCCAUCUGUCGACCAAAAUAACGGUCCCGUGGUGCAUUUUAAUGGUGAUUCAAGUAAAAAGGAAAUAUGUUCGAGCACAAAGGCUGAAAGGGGCUCCAGCACUCAUGAUUCUUUGAAUGGGCCAUCUAAGUACAGUGACCAAAAUAGAUUUAAAGUCCGGAUAAAAGUUGGUCCUGAUAAUGUUUUGGCAAGAAAUAAUGCGGCUAUCUACAGUGGUCUGGGCCUUGAUAUUUCUUCACCUUCAUCGAUCGAGGAUAGCCCUGAUGGCCGUGGGAGCCUGUCCCCAGAAGUUAACAAUGUGCCACUUGAAUCUCCACGGACUAUUCUUCAGAUCAUGACAUGUUUUUCAGUUCCUGGAGGGUUCUUGUUGUCCCCUCUGCAGGGCAAUGUACUGCAAUUGACAAAAAAACUUGUGCCUUCAUCAAAGAUGUGGGAAUCAAAUGUGGACAUAGAAAAUGUACAAGAAAAAAAUGAAGGCCAUGUGGCUAAAAAAAUUAAAUCUGAUGGUAAGAAAAAGAAAUUGAUGGAUACAAAGAGUUCAAAGAACAGAAAUGAUGUUAGUGCAGUUAUGAGAAAGGAUAUUGAUAUAGAAACAUCUGGUGGUCAAAAGAUCGUAUCGGAAGCUCUCAACAUACCAUUGCUGUCUGAUCUCAGAACCAUUGAGGCAAAGGGUGAGAAUCAAUUUGAAGAGGAGCCAGCAGGAAUCACCUCGAGCGGAAAUAAAGAUGCUCAAUUGAAGGAACGGGCCAUCAAGAGUGACUCUGUAACGAUCAAAGCGGAAUAUGUCAAAGCGGAGGCAGCGGAAUGCUUAGAAAACAGCGGUUUCAGCAGUUCAGAAGUGGAUAUUUCAGCAGCAAAGGGGGAAGUGAAACCCAAGACAGAAAAGACAGAGACAACUUUAGAAGAGAGGAAUACAACUAGUGACAAAAACCUUCUAUUGGAUAGGAAACAAGAAAGAAAAGUAAAAAGUGAGAGUAAAUGUAACACCUCUGUGGUUAACUUUGAAGGUAGCAAUGUUUCAAAUGAAAGGGCUCCUGCUGUUUCCAGGAACAUGGGAAGAGUUAAUGGUAAAGAAUCUUUAUUCUGUGAUACAACUGAGGAGAACAACUCCAAGAGUGAGGCCAGAAGAGUGCAGAGGGAGCAAAAGAUCAAUGCUGCAUCAUCGUCUGAUAUCCUGGAAGAUGACAACUACAUUCAUUCUUCUGCUGCAGUGAAAGAGAGGAAAAGUGACUUGCAAUCCAAAUCAAACCACAGUGGAAAGAAACCCAAAGCAAAAUCACAUAGAGAUGUCAGAGACAACCUAUCUGAAGGAUCUUAUGGAGUCAAGGAGCACGAUAUAUUGGAGAAUGGAAGUGGCUUUGGAGAUCUGCGGCCAAAGGAAAAAUCUUGGAAGAAUGAUGGUGAGAGGGAUUCUGAUAUGCCUGGGACCUCAAGGAGGGAGAUUUCUUCUAGCGUAAAGCAUGACAGACAUACAACCUCUGAGGAGCAGAAGAUGCAUAUACCUCCACCUGCCAGUGUAUCAACUGCCAAUGCAGCUCCUACGCUUCCUGCUCCAGUCAUAAUAAAGGAACAUUGGGUGUUCUGUGACAUAUGCCAUAAAUGGCGUCUCCUACCAUAUGAGAUGAAUCCGUCAAAUCUUCCAAAGAAGUGGAAAUGUAGCAUGUUACAGUGGCUGCCUGGGAUGAAUAGAUGUGACAUUAGUGAAGAAGAGACUACGAAUGCUCUGAAUGCGCUAUAUGUCAUUCCAGCCCCUGCCAACGGUAAUCCUUCAGUUGGUCAUCCUCAUGUUGCUUCUGCAGGACUAGCAACAUCCAGCACUUUCAAUGUAAGUGGACAUGCUGAACAGAAUAGGAAAAGGAAAAAUGUUCUGAUUGACGGAAAUGUGUUGGUUGAGGGUUCUCACCCAGCACAGGCUUCAGUUCAUCCAAUGAGCAACCACCAUGCUCCUACUAAAAUCAAAAGUUCUGCUGAUGGUAACCAGUAUCCUAUCGAGAGAGAUUCUGUAAGCAAAUCAGUUGACCCUUAUAUCGAAAAGAAAAGGUCCAAGAGCAAGAAUCGUGGUAGCUAUUCCGAUGGAGGAGACCUCGUGGAAAGAUCUAAAAAGCAUCCAAAAGUAAAAAGCAAGAGAGAUAGGGAUCAUGACGAAUACAAAAGUUCUAAGAAAAGUAGAAAGGACGAGCGACAUCAUUUUGGCAGAGAUUGGAACCCUGGAUAUGAUUUAGCUAGUGGAGACGUUCCUGGUGAGGCCAAGGCUUUGCCUGCAAAGGCAACAGCCUUAAAGAGUUCAGGUGAAAGGAGUGAUGUUUCUUCAAAACAAAAAAAUGUUUCAAGGUAUAAUCCUUCAGAAAAACCCAAGGGAGCUAAGGACGAAGAUGUAUUUUUUCCUGAAGAUGAGAACAAGGAAUCUUUUCACCCCUCAGAUGCACAAAAAACGGAUUUGUCUAGUAAGAAGAGGAUAGUGAAGGAAUGGGAGGAGAGUCAGCACAAUUCAAUUGCUCAGGUAAGCAAAGGAACUAUGGUGAACCACAGCUCUGCUGCCAAGGAAACAUAUAAGGAUCAGAACUUUAAGGAAACAAAGUCAAAGUUAUCAAAAUCUGAAGAACUGAUUUUGAUUACAGAUUCCAAAACUGUCAAAGUUCGACAUGCUGAUCAAAUUUUGUCUUAUGAUGGAGGGCAUAUAAACAAUGAGUUAGUUGAAGAUAACACACCCUUUAAUGGUAAAAGAGGUCCAUCCGAACAAUUAGAAAAUCAACACUGUGAACAGGCUUUGGACUUGGCUGAACCUGCUUCUAGUGAUGUGGCUUACUUUCAGAGUACAGCUGUAACAUCAAGUUCUUCAAAGGCUUCAGGCUCACAAAAAAAGAAGCAAAACAUUCAAGUUUCAAAGACUUCGCCUGUUGAAUCUCUUUCUUCAUCACCACAGAGAAACUCUAACAUUGAUAAGCUCUCUCAUAGCAGAGCAUUGGGAAAGGAUGGAUCUUUGAAUGCUAAUUCAAGCACUAUGCGAAGUACAGUCAAGCAACCAAAUACUGAAGUUGGCUUAGCAGACAACAUUCGACAGGCUAGUGAAUCUCUUUUGCUGGGUUCUUCGCGAGGAAAUUCUGAUAAAGAUAAUGGACAUGUUCAGUUAACUCAAGGUCAUGCUUCUGAUGGCAUUCAUUCCGAAAGGGGUUCGGAUGAUGAUCUGCAGCAUGAGUCUGGGAGAAAGGAUUCCAUUGCGAAGGGAUCCCGUAUACCAAAAGGUUAUAACCAUUUGCAUUCUGGUGACAAAAAUAGCUGUCAUACUGAUGGCUCUCCAAUGCAACCUGGAAAGCCUACUCUUGAUUCAAAGACAGUCUUGGAUACUAAAGGUGAUUCAAUUAUUUAUGAAAAUAAGAAAAUCACAUCUUCUCUUCAAGACAGAAAUGGAUCAACUCAUUACCCUCCUGAUGAAAAUCCUCAGCUAGGUUUGCCAAGUGGAAAAGAGAAAUCAUAUAUCAAGAGUAACAGGCAAGAUAUGCAGAAGGCUAAAGCCCAGACAGCCUCACCUACAAAAGAAAGCAAAGUGGAAUUCCAUUCCACUCCAUUAAAAUCUAAUGUGUCAAAAUCGACAUCACAGUUAAGGCAGGGCAAUGUUGAAAAUGGAGGGCAACACAGCAUUACAAAACAAGCAAUUUCUAAUCCUGCUGAUACUUCCAGUCCAGCUAGGAAGGAUGGUACUUCAGCUGCAUAUGCUCUAAAAGAAGCCCGAGAUUUAAAGCACAAGGCUAACCGUUUGAAGGAAGAAGGAAAAGAACUUGAAAGUACAAGACUCUACUUUGAGGCAGCCUUGAAAUUUUUACAUGUUGCAUCACUUUUGGAACCACCCAAUGUUGAUGGUUUGAAACAAGGCGACGCAGCUCAGAGCAUGUAUUCUGAUACUGCAAAACUUUGCAACUUUGUUGGUCAUGCCUAUGAAAAGUGCAAGAAGAUGGCCGCUGCUGCUUUAGCAUAUAAGUGUGUCGAAGUAGCUUAUCUUAAGGCUGCGUACUACAAGUACCCAACAGCAAGCAAGGACCGACAAGUGUUGCAGGCAGUUGUACAGACUGCACCAGGUGAAUCACCAUCAUCUUCUGCCUCGGACAUUGAUAAUUUAAAUAACAAUGGAUUGACCAAGGUGCCUUCAAGCAAGGAUGCUAAUUCACCACAAGUUGCUGGGAACCAUUUAUUACUAGCUGUUCGUAAUCAACCACACUUGACAAGGUUACUAGCCUAUACAAAUGAUAUUAAUUCUGCCUUUGAUGCAACUCGGAAAUCACAAUCGGCAAUUGCUUCUGCUGCUGGUAAUCAUGAAAAUGGAAUGGAUGGUCUUUCUACAGUAAGAACAGUUCUGGAUUUUAACUUCCGAAAUGUGAAUGAUCUACUAAGACUUGUACGACUUUCAAUGGAGUCCAUCAGCUGCUGACACGUUCAAAGUCUGAAAUGUCACCCUUUGAAUAGUUCCCGUUGGAUGUGCAUUUCAAUUGCCUGCUCACUUUGUCCUCAACAUGUUGGUAGCAUUAAGCUGAAUAGUUCAACAGUGCAACAUGCAUACGUCUUCUCAAUCCUGCGUGCUGGCCAAUUUGUACAGAAGCUGGUCUUGAAAUUCUCCUUCCUUUAUUAUUUGGCGGCAUUCAGUUAAUACAUAGUUGCACAUCCACUUGGAUGACUUGAUCUCAAUUAUUGAUGGAAGCAGCUGAAAGUGAGCUUUGCCAUUUGUGAUAUAGUUUGGACGUUGAAGGACGUCCUUCACCGGCUGCAGUUGAUAAGCUACUAUAUAUUAUUAUCUGGAAGGCGCUUGUUCCUGAGCAUUCCCUUCGUACAUGCUGUAAAUUAUGUGAUUCUCCAUCGAGGCUGGCUUAUGGUUGAAGAGUCAGUAUCAUCUUUUCCUUUGAGCAGUACCAGAUGAUGUGUUGCCUCUUAACAAUUUUGAUGGUAACUCUCAGUGAAGCACAACAAAAGCUUAGUGCAUUCUGCUCUUGAAGUGCACUCCUUGAUGUUUAUGCAGUCUUGAUUCUUGAGCAGAGGAGGGCAACAGUGCCAACUAAUCUCGCUAACCAAGAAUCAGCUAGUGGUUUUCUUUUCACCCUUGCCAUAGUUCCGUGUCUUCUGGAUAAAGUUCAUGCAGGUGUCAAAUAAGAAAUUGCAUGUACCAUCAGUACUGUAUGGAUGUUGUACAAAGAAUUUGAUGUAAAAUAGACUAACCCUUUUCUUGAUUACCAAUACCGCGACUGUGACCAGCACAUGUAUAUAUACACUACUCCGUGCUGGUGCAUGUAUGACACCAUUAACGCUGCCAAGUUUUUAGUCUUGAUCAUUCUACAAAUUUUGUCACAAUUAGUUGCUUAAGAUAGAUUGUGUGUAGCACUGAGAAUGUGUUGCAGAAUGCAAAUUCAAGUCUUCCGUAUUCUGUACAACUUGUAGCAUAAUCUGGUUUUCAGUUCAUUUAGUAAAGUGAUGCUAAGUGCUUGCUUUUUUUUCA